AUGCUAACUGCAAGUGCUUGAUUCGAUGGAUUCCAAAGGAAAGUGUGAACAUGUGGAAGCUGGGACUUUAGAGAAAACACUUUAUAAAAGCAAGCUUCUCCGAUUCGACAUUCGCAACCAGCACCAUGUUCGUUUGCUGAAGCGUAGUUUCGGAACGGAAGAUUGUCUAUCGCCGCUGGGUCUAGGAGUGCUCAGCGAAGAAGAGUACGAGUGCCAAAAGAAGCAACGGAAAGCAAGCCAUCCAUCAAGUGCCACGACGAUGUCCAACAGCAGCGGCCACAAGGGACGGAGCCCCUUGGCAAACGUUUCAAAUCACGCUCAAGCCAGCAACAACUUACCGCCGGCGGGAACUGUUCAGAAUGUUUCAAAUGAUGCCAGCUUGCGGAAGUUCAUGAGCCUCGUUAAUGAGGAGAGGUUUUUCCUGUAUCGGAAGCGAAAUACAAAGAUGUUCUUUGGAGAGGACCACUUCGGUAAGUUGUCGGAUGAGAUGCUUCUACACAUAUUCCGCUGUUUGCCGAAGAAAGCACUGAUCCGAUGCAGCCAAGUCUCCAAGCGAUUUAAUCGGGUUUCGCUGGACGAAACCCUCUGGACUCGGUUGGAUCUGUCCUGUAGAUCGUUACGAGACGGAGCACUUGGGCGGGUGAUUUCCAGAGGGACUGUAAUUUUAAGACUGGCACAGGCCCACGUUUCCCACCCGGUGUUCCAACCGGGAAGCGUAGAUCACAGUUUCGAGACGAAGCUGUCGUUUAUGGAUCUAAGUAUGUGUUCCAUCGAUCAUGGGACGCUGUUUGAGUUGCUGUCCCGGUGCCGAUCGCUCCGGAAACUGAGCCUGGAGAAUGUACCUGUAAAUACGGAAUGUUGCCGAGAGAUUGCCAGCAACGUAAACCUCGAAGCACUGAAUCUAACCAUGUGCGAGGGACUGGAUUCCUACAACGUGACACUGAUGAUGAAAAGGCUGACCAAGCUGCACAGCUUGAACAUCUCUUGGACGCAACUGUCCCGCUCCUCGGUCGAUAGCCUGGUGACACACGUGACGCCGAGUCUGCUGCGGUUGAAUAUUGCCGGUUGCCGGACGUCGAUGACCGAUGAUGGCCUGGAUAAGCUUAUCAACCGUUGCCCCGAUCUUUUGGAGCUUGAUCUCUCAGACUGCGCCCAGCUGUCCUCGACAGCCAUGACUACGGUUUGCAAGUUGAAAAAGCUAGAAUAUCUUUCCCUGUCGCGCUGCUACAAUAUCAACGUUACGUCGUAUCUGCAACUUAGUGAACUUGAGCCGCUGCAGUUUCUGGACGUGUUCGGUCUCCUGACGGAACCAGCCGUAGCCAUGCUACAGACGUCGUUCCCCGGUGUGGGAAUCAACAAGUUUAUGCACAGUUCCGUUGCGCGGCCAACCGUCGGAACGCGCCGUACUUCGAUCUGGGGCCUUCGAACACGAGACUGAUCUGUGGUGGUGGUCGAGGUCAUUUUUUUUCUUCCGUUGUCUUCUUCAUAUUAUUGUGUAUUGUUAAGAAUUCUAUCGUGAGAGAAUAGAAACUACUGAUAGAGAUUUGUCAAAAGCAUUUA